GAUGCUUGGCUGGAUCUAGUCGAGCGUAACUCAAAUGACUGUAACAAGACACUCCAACAUAGCGCGGAAACGUCCAGGUGUCUUAACUUGGGUUCCUACAACUACCUUGGUUUUGCUGCAGCAGAUGAGUACUGCACCCCACGUGUGAUCGAGUCCCUCAAAAAUUACUCUGCCAGUACUUGCAGUGCUCGAGUUGAUGGAGGAACUACGAAGCUCCACACAGAGCUUGAGGAGCUAGUGGCACGAUUUGUUGGCAAGCCCGCAGCUAUUGUUUUUGGCAUGGGCUAUGUCACAAACUCUGCGAUCAUUCCUGCUUUGAUUGGGAAGGGGGGACUGAUAGUUAGUGAUUCGCUGAACCAUAAUUCAAUAGUGAAUGGAUCUAGAUUUUCAGGGGCUACCAUCAAAGUUUUCAAACAUAACAACCCUGCACAUUUGGAACAUGUACUGAGGGAGCAGAUUGCGGGGGGGCAACAUCACACACACAAGCCGUGGAAGAAGAUAAUUGUGAUUAUGGAGGGAAUUUAUAGCAUGGAAGGGGAGAUGUGCAACCUCCCUGGGAUUAUGGAUGUCUGCAAGAAGUAUAAGGCUUUCACGUAUUUAGACGAGGCACACAGUAUUGGAGCCAUUGGAAAGACGGGGAGAGGUGUAUGUGAACUAAUGGGAGUGGAUCCAGCUGAUGUUGAUAUUAUGAUGGGAACAUUUACAAAAUCAUUUGGAUCGUGCGGAGGUUACAUUGCAGCAUCAAAAGAGAUCAUACACCAUCUCAAGCAUGCAUGCCCAGCCCACAUAUAUGCAACAUCCAUCUCACCUCCAGCAGCCCAGCAGGUCAUCUCCGCAAUGAAGGUUAUCCUUGGGGAGGACGGAUCUAACAGAGGAGCAAAGAAACUUGCUCGGAUUCGGGAGAACGGCAAUUUUUUUCGUUUAGAGCUUAAGAAAAUGGGGUUUGAGGUGCUAGGAGAUAAUGGCUCACCUGUCAUGCCAAUCAUGCUUUACAACCCCGCUAAAAUGCCUGCAUUCUCAAGGGAGUGCCUGAGGAAAAAUGUUGCUGUUUGUACUAUUGCAUAUCCUGCUACGCCACUACUACUUGCCAGAGCUAGGAUAUGUAUCUCAGCUUCCCAUUCCAGGGAGGAUCUUAUAAAAGGUUUGGAGGUUAUCAGCAAAGUUGGCGAUCUUGUGGGAGUCAAGUACUGCCCAGUUGAGGAAAAAAAGACUACAUCUGUUAAGAAACUUAAGAAGUUUCAGUGAGCAGUGAGAAGAGACAAGCGUAUGUUCGCUUAUUAUAUGCAAGAUCUACCACCUCCGUUGUACCCUUCACUCUGCAUUUAUUUCUGAAGCAGUUUUGAAUCAAGUAGCAAGCAUGAUAUCAUUGUGUAAGUCUAAUAAUGAGACCUUCGUGGCAUCACAUUCUUGCCUUGCAGAAUGGGAGAUUCAUUGAUGUAUAUUGCAGUACAAUCGAUAAUAAGCCGAUGUGGCACAAUAAUUAAUAAAGAGAGGUCAUAUCAGUAUCA